AAUGGAAUACCGUCCUCCUAAUGGUUUCAUGAGCUUCCUUCAAGGCCAAAGUCAUCCAAACUUCACUUUGCCAGCCCCUCAGCAGCUUGGUUUCCAAUAUCCAAUGUUCUGCACGCAGCCGCCGCCACCACCAGCCAAGCACCACCCUCUUCCAUCAACGUCUAAUCCCAGGACCACAACUCCAUCGAACAAGCGAAAACGUGUCACAAUCGAUGUGGAAGCAGAUGAUGAAGAUAGACAGAGGUUGUACUAUACAAAAGAUGAGGACCUCAGAUUGGUGAGUGCUUGGUUAAGCAAAUCUGUGAAUCCAAUCGAUGGGAAUGCCAAGAAGGGGGAAUACUACUGGAAGGAGGUUGUUGAUACAUACAACAGCACAACAGAGAGUGACCGACAAAGGGAUGUGAAGCACCUCAAGAACCAUUGGUACAAAACAACAAAGAAGGUAACCUCUUUCAAUGGCUGCUAUAACCAGAUGAGAGAUACCUAUGCGAGUGGCCGGUGUGAUAAACAAUUGAUGCAGCAAGCGCUAGACCUGUACCAAAGCCGCAAUGGGCACCAGUUCCUGUAUGUGCAUUGGUGGGAAGCUGUGAAAGACAGCCAAAAGUGGAAGAUUCAUGUAUACACAGAAGGAGAUGGAACAAAGAGGUCAGCACCAAUACCAACUGAGAAUGCUCAGCGUCCCCCAGGAACAAAGAGGGCGAAGAAAGCUACAGGAAAAGAUAAGGAAGCACCUACUGAGAUGAAUAACAUGAAAGAACAGAUUGAGGCCUUUCUACAAGCACAAGCUGAUGCUAAGGAGCGAACUGCUGAGAUGAUGGAAUUGCAGAGUCGAUUGUCUGCUCAGAAGGUAGAAGCUAAUCGACUUGCAUAUGAGGCAGCAAAGGAGAGGACAGUGGCCAAGUUAGCAGAGGAAAGAACAAAGUUGUUUGACAAGUUCACAGAUAUGUUGAAUGCUGACACAACAAGAAUGGAGCCAUGGGCAAAGGAGAUGCAUAUGAAGGCUGUUACAAGAUUGGGGGAUCAACUUUUCAGGGAGGAAUAGAAGAUGUUCUACAUAUAUGUCAAAAAAAGCGGAUUUCAUGUGCCAGGAAGCGUAGAAGAUGUGAGAUUUUUUUUUUGGAAUGAGAAGAAUCAAAGGAUACAACAAAAAAUUCAGUCUGAAAUUUGAUUUGUGUGUUUACAAAUCUUUCCUUUAUGGGUAUUUGAAACCUUAAGAUUAUUCUGUUACUAUGGGAUUUUGUAGUGUCAUGGACAAGACAUACUGACACUGUUUGCAUAUCAAGAUUGUUGAUUUUUGUUUGGAAAUCA